AUGGUGAGCUCUCCGGUGGUGAAUACGUACCCUCUGUCGAGCUACACGUUCGGCACCAAAGAGCCCAAGAUGGAGAAGGACACCUCCGUCGCCGAUCGCCUCGCCCGUAUGAAAGUCAACUAUAUGAAAGAAGGGAUGAGGACAAGUGUUGAAGCGAUUCUUCUGGUACAAGAACACAAUCAUCCCCACAUACUUCUUCUGCAAAUUGGAAACACCUUCUGCAAACUUCCAGGUGGACGUUUGAAGCCAGGGGAAAAUGAAAUUGAAGGUUUGAAGAGGAAAUUGACGAGCAAGCUUGGAGCUAAUUCACCUGCUCUUGUUCCAGAUUGGCAGAUUGGUGAGUGUGUGGCUAUCUGGUGGAGGCCAAACUUUGAAACCAUCAUGUAUCCAUACUGCCCUCCUCACAUAACAAAGCCCAAGGAAUGUAAGAAGCUCUUUCUUGUUCACUUGUCUGAAAGAGAGUACUUUGCAGUCCCCAAAAAUUUGAAGCUUCUCGCUGUUCCAUUGUUCGAACUGUAUGACAAUGUGCAGAGAUAUGGUCCUGUGAUAUCAACCAUCCCUCAACAACUUUCAAGAUUCCAGUUCAACAUGAUUACCACUUGA